GCGCACUUGGUGCCGAAUGUCCCAAGAUGGCGGAGCUCAACUUCCGCCCCUGCGGGGAGACCCCGCUACGGGAUAUAAUGGCCCCACUUCCGGUUCCCGCCCUUUCCGCUGGCGCUGCCUCCACGCCGCGAUGCCCCUGGCGAAGGAUUUGCUGCACCCUUCCCCUGAGGAGGAGAAGAGGAAGCACAAGAAGAAGCGGUUGGUGCAGAGCCCCAAUUCUUACUUCAUGGAUGUGAAGUGCCCCGGUUGCUACAAGAUCACGACGGUGUUCAGCCACGCGCAGACCGUGGUGUUGUGCGUGGGGUGCUCCACGGUGCUCUGCCAGCCCACGGGGGGCAAGGCUCGCCUGACAGAAGGCUGCUCCUUCCGUCGGAAGCAGCACUGACCACAGGACUGAGGAUGUGCCCCCCCCCUCGCCACCUUCCCACGGCCCCACCCCUCAAAACCUCAAUAAAUUUGGUCUAAAAUUCCUCCAAAA